AUGGAUCGCAUUGGAGAGAGUUUGCAAGAGGGCCUGGGUGAGCAACUGGAAACAGUCGACCUGGGCCGGUCGGACGAUGGUAAAGGAGGUCCGGGUGCGAGAGCGUCAGCAACGGCACCUCGAUCUCCCCAGUGGAGCAACUUCUUCUUGGUCCUCCCCGUUCUCGCCGUGUCCUAUGUGGCCCACACGCGGUACCGGCGGUAUUCCCCUCGCCGCCUACCCACCCUCACCUCCAUGCGUGUGCACGAGAUAUACGGCUAUCUUGCUGUAGAGGCCAUUGCCUCCGGAGUCAAUGACGAGCUCAGACGGGAGGUUUUGGACGACCCAGAUCUUUGGCUGCUCGAACUCACAGCGCGGUCUCUCAAGGAGAGCGACUCGGAUAGGCGAUGGACGAAGGUAGCAGACCCGUUUAUCGAUCCUACGAUCAAGGAAAAGUUGAAAGGAACUCGUAACGACGCCUACCAGGCUUCCCCAGGAGUGUGGGGCAAGCUUACCUGGUGGCACAACCACAUAUGGUCGAGCGAAGAGACCUGGAUCAGAGCCGCGAUCGUCUCGCAUUUCAAGCUCGGCAUAGACGUCGUCUCUCCACCGACACUCGCUGACUACGACCGCUGGGUUACCCAUAUCGCAAACACCUUUCAGGCCGAGGACAGCGAGUUCGGGGAAGGGUACGGGGACUAUGAGACGAAGGCCCUGAUCCCCUUCGCGGUCUCGGUACCCUUCGCCAUGGCGGCACGCUGGGCCGGCCGGCGUUCCCUCUUCCGACCCAUCAAUGGGCUACAGCGGUUACUCCUAUGGGCAGCGCUUUAUCCCGACCUCAUUCAAGCGCAUCAGCACUACGCGUACCUCCGCGGGUUUAAGAACAAACAGCGGCUCGCGCAAAGUAUUCGCGACAAGCUUGGGUUGGACCCCAACAACCGUCCCAUCGUUUCAUGA